ACGCACACACGCGCGCUAGGUUUAGUUGCUACGUAUUUUUUUAUCUGAAGAAACGUCGUGCUAUUAGCAGGCCCAGACAACGGCCGAGGAAAGGAACUACACCCCUAAAUGGGCUGGCUGUGUCAUCUCCCUUGGGUGGUCAUGUUGGAGCCUCCUAUUGGAUUGCACGGUGUCGACUGUUGGCUGACCUACAUCACCAGGAUCCAUCCUUUCUAACGACGGAUGAGUUACUGCAAGAUGAGUUUUGAACUUCAAGACUUGGUGAGCACCACGACAUACUGGCCAUCUGAAAAUUCUUCUUCCUGUGAAAAGAACAAUUGAACUCUUCUGAAGAAGAGGCCGGUGAAACUACGAUAUUUCUUCAGCAGAAGAGGACAGGAAACAGGACGGACAUUUGAUCAAUGAAUCAACACUGUGCUUCUACAACUUGUUUUAUGAAUAAGGAAAGUUAACAGGCUGAUGAAACCGUCUUGAGAGAUGAUGAAUCGUUACACCACCCUGAAGCAGCUGGGUGAUGGCACCUACGGCAGCGUGCUGAUGGGGAGAAGCAACGAGUCUGGAGAACUGGUGGCUAUCAAGAGAAUGAAGAGGAAGUUUUAUUCGUGGGAAGAAUGUAUGAACCUAAGAGAGGUGAAGUCACUGAAGAAGCUGAACCAUGCGAAUGUGGUGAAACUGAAGGAGGUAAUCAGAGAGAACGAUCACCUCUACUUUGUCUUUGAGUAUAUGAAGGAGAACCUCUACCAGCUUAUGAAGGACAGAGAGAACAAGAUGUUCUCAGAGAAUGAAAUUAGGAACAUCAUGUUUCAGGUGCUAUCUGGGUUGGUUUUUGUACAUAAGCAUGGUUUCUUUCAUCGAGACAUGAAGCCAGAGAAUCUGCUGUGCAUGGGUCCAGAACUGAUCAAAAUAGCAGACUUUGGACUGGCCAGAGAGAUCCGCUCCAAACCUCCCUACACAGACUAUGUAUCAACCAGAUGGUACCGAGCUCCAGAGGUCCUGCUCAGGUCAUCUACCUACAGCUCCCCUAUUGACCUGUGGGCUGUGGGCUGCAUCAUGGCUGAACUCUACACUCUCAGACCUCUUUUCCCUGGGAACAGUGAAGUGGAUGAGAUCUUUAAGAUUUGCCAAGUCCUAGGCACCGUCAAAAAGACGGAUUGGCCAGAGGGCUACCAACUAGCUUCUGCCAUGAACUUUCGCUUCCCGCAAUGUGUGCCGACCCACCUGAAGACCCUCAUCCCUAAUGCCAGCAAUGAGGCUAUCGCCCUGAUGAAGGACAUGCUGCAGUGGGACCCCAAAAAAAGACCCACUGCUGUACAGGCCCUGCGUUAUCCGUACUUCCAGGUCGGCCAGAUCUUAGGGCCUCGUCCUCAGAGCCAGGAGGUCAAGAAGGUCCAGGCCAGGCCACUGGCCCAGAUGCAGGCCUCAGAGCCCAAGACUGAUCCUCAGCAGUCUUCCUCUGAUUCCAAAGCCUCCACGUCCUCCUCCAGAAACCAAGAGCAGCAGCACCAUCAGCCUCUUAAGCAGAUCCCCCUUCCACAAAGUGAGAGUAAACCAGGAGGCCACAGCCAUGCAAAACCAUUAUCGCUGGGCAGUGAGAACACUGCUGCUGGUGGUGGGAUGGGGGUGCUGAAGAGUGGCCGUCGUCGCUGGGGCCAGACGGUGGCCAAGACCUCAGAGAGCUGGGAGGAAUCUGACCCGUCAGAAACCGCCGUCUCCAACUCCAAGAAACCCAGCCUGGGGAACACAGAGGAGGAGAGGAUCCCUAAGGAGCACCGCCCACAGCCCAAGGAGCAGAAACCUCUGUAUUCCUUCAGCACAGUUACUAAGCUACCCAACAAUGUUAAGAUUGGCCAAAUGGACUCCAAUCUCCCAGGAUCUGCUGCACGGCAGCACUAUCUCAGCCAGUCACGAUACUUGCCAGGGUUGAUCGGCAAGAAUCAGACUUCUUCUGGAGAUAAGGAGCUGAGUGGUAUGACGCUGCGGGACCUGUGGGAUAACUCCUCAAACACUGUAAAUAAACCACUUGCUCCUAUUGGAGGAGGAUUAUCUGUCACCAGAGCCAACGCAGAAGAGAAUGCCUCUAAAUUUGUGGAUAGCCCACCAGAGAAAACGGUUGUUAAAGAAAGAAUACUGGAGAAAAUUGAUCUCUCCAAAGGGAACUUUGUAAGCACCAAAUACAACCUCUCUGGUGGUUAUAUGCCUUCAUUCCAAAAGAAAGAGGUGGGCUCAGUGGGACAGAGGAUCCAGCUUGCCCCUUUGGCUGGCCAGCACACAAUCAAUCUUUCUUCUUCUCCUGAUAAUAAAAAAGACAAAGCAAAAUCUGCAAAGCCCAAGCCCAUAUCCAACUCAUCUUUGAGUGAAACUAAUGAAGAUUACGAGGGCUGGAAAAGGAGGGCAGACAGGACUCAGAUGAAGGGGAGCAGCUAUUCAGCCCUGGGGAAGACCUCUGGGAAUCUCCUGACCAGAGCUCCCGCUAUACAGCCUGUCCACGGCAGGGUGGACUGGACAUCCAAAUAUGGUGGAAAUCGGUAGAUCAGAAAGAAGAUGGUACAGCUUGUAAUGCUUGUUGGACUGUGUUGCCUAGUGGUACACAUCUUUGGCUAAGGAUGUUGACCAUAAGCAGAGUUUUAACCACACUCACCAACUCAAACCUGGAGGAAAUUCUGUGUGUAAAAUUCUGUAUGUUCCCUGAAACAAAUCACAUCUUCAAAAAAUCCAAUACGGAAGUAGCUGGUAGAUGACGAAAUGUAACGUCACAAAAGAUGUACAUGACGCAUUCCACAUUCUUUGAGGAGAUAUUUUUCAUGCCACAAUGGCAUCAUUUUGUUUCCAGACAGCCUUAGAUGUGUAGGAUCUAACGGUAGAUGUGCAUGGAGUCUCUGUUGACGGUUGCCAUGAUGCUGAACCAAGACUAAUACUGUCUGCAAGACAAUCCCACUGUAUUCCUGAAGGAUCCAGUGUUAGCCAAUUCUACUGUUAGUGUUGGGAUAUUCUGAGUAGGAUUUAAAUGUAGCAUAGCUUUUCUUUUUUUAAUCUAGUUUUUAUUGUCAAGUAUUGUUUUUCUUAACAAUUCCUGCAACGCUUUAAUUGCUCUGCUUUUAGUCAGCAUAGGAAAAUCUUCUGGGUAAUAGGUAUUAAAAUGAUUGUCAACUUUUCCUGCAUACCACAAGACAACUGCACACCUCUUUGUAUUAUGCAAUGAAUUAACUGAACAUUUUGUAAACAUUUUAUACAAAUAAAUAUAUGAAAGUUCA